AGUAAGGUUCAAUAUUUGAGUGUAAAAAAAUAACAACUUUAAAUAUUUUCAAUGAACUACAAUGAGUGCCCAAAGCAAACCUAAUUCGAUAUCAUGGAGGAUUUACAAAUUAAAAAUGCAAUUCCUAAUGGCGAUAAGUAAGUUUUAAAUCCUCUUUCCGAGUUGUAUUUAAAACAACGGCAGUGGAUCCAGUGUGGCUGAAAUGUUAUUCAGCUAGCAAUAUAACCUUACAUCUAAGAUUUGACAGUAUGAAUGCAGUGAAGAGGGAUACUCCCAGUGCGACAGUUAACAUACAGUUAGUUCCAGGGUAUCCACUUAAAUUGCCUGAACUGUCAAUCAUAUCUCAAGAUAUCAAUAAAGAAUGUAUUACCUCCCUGAAAAUGGAAGCUGCACAGUUCUGUACAGACUUGAUUGGCCAGCCAAUGCUGGUCUCUCUAGCCAUAUUCCUCAGAGACAAGAUUGAGUGUCUGUUCAAAGAAAUGUUUGAAAAGAUUAAGUGUGAACAAGAAUCUUCCAGUCAAAUGAAAACCACUCAAACACUGUGUAGUGAAAAGAUAUUGUGCUUGAUAAGAAUUGACCAUAUGAGAUCAAAGUCAAAGUACUGUAAAUUUAUUGACAGAUGGGUAACUGAUCUCGCAUUGCAUGGAUGUCUUAUAUUUUGCAAUAAACUUAUACUAAUAUUACUGAUUGGAGAAAAAGAACAGAUAAGUGGUUUUAUGGUUCGUUUAAAAACCACCAACGUUGAUGUAGACUCCACUGGGCACCCAUGUAAGGAACGAAUGCUGACAGUUCUUUGCGAAGAAAGUAUAGAAGCUCAGAUUUACCUAAGGUUGGAAGGGUUUUCUCACUACAACUUGGAAAAAUAUGCUGACAUAAAGGAGCUGUUUUCUCAUGCAGGACUUGUAGGCAUAUAUGACAACUAUAUUGUUACAUUACAUAAGCAAUGGUACCAGUAAUCGUGUAGUUGUUUGUUUAAUGCAUUCUGAUUUGAUGUAGGUUAGUUUGUUGAAAUAAAAUAUCCCCAAUACAA